AUGUCUACAUCAGUAUCGGGUUGCGAUUGUGAAUGCAAAUCGUGUAAAAAUGGCACAGAAUUGUGUCCAACGUUUAAUUUAUAUCUCAAUAAAUUUUUAUGGGGCGAUGGAAUUCAAGAUUGUACCGAUAAUGAAAUCAAUUGUCCGCCUAUUACAACCACUUCAAUUACCACAAUUACUACUACUACUGAAACGGGCCUGACUAAAACUGCACUAACUACAAUAGUUACAGAAGAAGUUACAACGUUCCGAUAGUACAGCCAAACAUAACAGUACCAAGUUCAUGUUCUAAAAUUAUAUGUCCUGAGGGAAGAAUAGUGAAAAUUUUAAACCCAUUACCAACAAAAAAAAAACAGUGAAAACAAAUGAAAUAAAAUUCACUCACGAUUCUCGAAGUGUAGAAGUUGUUGAUGAUGGCUCAUGGUUAUUACCUUUUAAUUCAAUUACAAAUAGAGUAGCGUUAAUCCUUUCUUUAUAACUAAUUCAAACGUUGUUCGACAAGCCGUCGAAAAUUAUAACCAACAGCAGAUAUGUAAACAAUGGAUUUGUGAAACACCGAAUGCUAUAAACGAUUGCAAAAAGCCAUCUAUUACAUGCGAAGAAGGUUAUUUCUUACAAAUGACACCAAAUCAAAACGAAAUUUGUCCCGUUUAUACUUGCGUAUCAAAUACGUUGGAAGAGAGCCAAUGUGAAAUCGAUGGCCGAAUAUUCAAAACCUCCGAUGGGGUUACGUAUAAAUACGAAGUUUGCGAUCAUAUCAUAGUUCGUGAUAGAGUUCAUAAUAAAUGGAUGAUAAAACGUAAGUAUAAAAAUUGUAUUUAAAAACAUAAUAUUCAAUUUAUUUUACCUAUAACUGUUUAUCAAAUAAACAUCUCUAGCUGUGAUCAACUUUAAUUGAAAUGCAUUUAAUUACUUUUUAGAAAUCCGUCGGUGUCCAUACAUCGGCACUUGUCAAGUAUCUUUGUGGAAAGAUCAUUUGAAUCAUAUAAUUGAAUUUUUCCCGAAUAUGACAACUAUGAGAAAUGGGGUUUUAUUUUCUGGUUUCUCGUAUUUUAAGAAAUAG